AUGGGCGCGUGCAUGAGCAGCGGCAAUCCUGACGAGCCCGACUCGAAGAAGCGCAGUCAGAUGAUAGACCGCUCACUGGAGGAAGAUUCAAAGAAGCUACGGCGAGAAUGCAAGAUAUUACUGUUGGGCUCUGGCGAGAGCGGGAAGAGCACAAUCGUCAAACAGAUGAAGAUCAUACACCAGAAUGGCUACAGUGUUGACGAGCUCGCAUUGUACCGACAUACAAUCUACAAGAACCUGAUAGAUUGCGCAAAGGCCCUCAUUGGCGCCAUGCGGCAGUUCGAGACCGAGGCCGAGGACCCGGCGAAUCGAGACCUUUGUGAUUUUAUCAUGGAGUACACGGUUGACCCCGACCCGCAACAGGCGUUGGAUACCAAGGUUGGCGAUGCAAUUGGCAGUAUAUGGAAAGAUCCAUGUAUACCCAAGGUCUUCGACCACCAAAACGAGUUCUACUUGAUGGACUCAGCGCCAUACUUCUUUGAUGAAGUGACAAGGAUAUCGGCCCCCGACUACAUUCCCACAGAGGCCGACGUACUACGAGCGAGAACGAAAACGACUGGUAUCUAUGAAACGAGAUUCCAAAUGGGCCAAUUGAGCAUACACAUGUUCGAUGUCGGCGGCCAACGAAGCGAGCGGAAGAAGUGGAUACACUGCUUCGAGAAUGUGACCUCAAUCAUUUUCUGCGUAGCACUCAGCGAAUACGACCAAGUCCUACUAGAGGAGAGCAGUCAGAACCGUAUGAUGGAAUCACUGGUCCUCUUCGACUCUGUCGUCAACUCGCGAUGGUUUAUGAGAACCUCUAUCAUCCUGUUCCUGAACAAAGUCGAUCUUUUCCGGGCAAAGCUGUCCAAGUCACCUUUAGCGAACUACUUCCCGGACUAUUCAGGUGGCAACGAUGUCAAUCGAGCCGCGAAGUAUCUCCUAUGGAGAUUCAACCAGGUCAAUCGAGCACACCUGAACCUUUACCCUCAUCUGACACAAGCGACCGACACGUCGAAUAUUCGCCUGGUCUUCGCGGCCGUGAAAGAAACAAUUCUCCAAAACGCGCUCAAAGAUUCAGGCAUCUUAUAA